AUGUCUGACUUGAAGGCCACCGUGGCUGAGACCACCAAAGGCUUCCACGUCGAAGGCUACGAGAAGAUCGAAUAUGAUUUCACCUUCAUCGACAAUGUCUUCGAUACCAGCAAGCCGGAUCUUGCUAAGUGCUACGAGCGUUGGGGUCGUUGCUUAGCUGUCAUGGACAUGAAUAUUUUCAGUGUCUACGGCGAGCAGAUGCAGCGCUACUUUGACCACUACAACAUUCAGCUCGAUGUGCACAAGACCAUGAUUGGCGAGAAGGCCAAGAGCAUCGACACUUUCUUGAGCAUUGUUGAUUCAAUGAACAAGUUUGGCAUCUUCAGGAAGGAGCCAGUGUUGGUCAUCGGAGGUGGUUUGGUUACAGAUGUCGCUGGCUUCGCCUGUGCCGCCUACCGCCGCAACACCAACUACAUCCGCAUUCCAACAACUGUUAUUGGCCUCAUCGAUGCUUCAGUCUCGAUCAAAGUUGCUGUCAACUACGGCAAUUACAAGAAUCGACUCGGAGCUUACCACGCCCCCAUCCACACCUUCCUCGAUUUCACCUUCUUGCGAACACUUCCAAAGGCGCAGAUCAGAAAUGGUUUCGCCGAGCUGAUCAAGAUUUCUUCUUGCGCUCACCUCCCUACGUUCGACUUGCUGGACAAGUAUUCCACCGAGAUCAUCGAAACCGGCUUCGGCCGCACAGAUGGUGCUUCACAGGAAGUCCGCAAGGCAUGUGACGAGAUCAACAGGGCUGGCAUCUAUGAGAUGUUGAAGCUUGAGACGCCCAACUUGCAUGAGAUUGGGCUUGACAGAGUUAUUGCUUACGGUCACACAUGGUCACCACUGCACGAACUCGUUCCCGAUGUGCCACUCCGCCACGGUCACGCCAUCUCUAUUGAUAUGGCAUACUCUGCCACGCUUGCCCACAUGCGUGGUAAUCUCCCAGAGAAGGACUACAGGCGUCUUCUUGACCUCUUCUCACGUGUCGGUCUUUCCAUGGACCACCACCAAUUCAACGAGGAUAUCCUCGACAAGGGCACCAAGGCCAUCUUGAAAACACGAGAUGGCAAGCUCCGUGCGGCCAUCCCAAGCCCACUGGGAUCAUGCGUCUUCCUCAACGACGUGACUACCGAGGAAAUGCACGCCGCUCUCCGCAAGCACAAGGAAGUCUGCAGGACCUACCCGCGUAAUGGUGAGGGUCUUGAGGCCUUCGUUGACAGCAGCGAUACUGGCUACACUCUCAACGACGCGCCUAUGAACGGCGCCAAUGGUCAUGCUAAUGGGCAUGCCAAUGGUAUCAACGGACACGCAAAUGGCGUCUCUGUCAACGGCGUAAAGUCGGCGACAAAGGCAGCAUCAGGCCCAGAGGGUGUUGAUGGCCUGCAGAAGAAGCCAAAUGGUAUCAUGAACGGUACCAAUGGUGUUAACGGCGUUCACUGA